AAGAGGAGAACGCUAGAUCGAAGCCGUUCAUACGUAUAUGACGGCAUAUGUGGGUAAGGGUUAGGCUUGGUCCGGGGUUGGGGCUAGGGUUAGCGCUAGUCCUGUUUACAUCUCAAGACUGACGAAAUCUGCAGGUCCUACCUAACUAACCCACAGUCAUAAUAUUAUGUACUAAAAUGUGCAUGACCGUCUCCGAUUCAAGAGGCCAUACUUAUCGUACCUUUUCUCACAAAAGAGCUUAUUUUAGCAAAAUGGCCGACUGGGUCUAUGUUACAGCUGCAGCUGUGGGUGUUUCGGUGGGAAUAAUGGUGUUAAGACGAUUAUUGAAUAGAAAUGUGUUAUACAAAAACCACAUUUUUCUGACAGGAAAAACUGUUAUUGUCACAGGUGCCAAUUGUGGCAUUGGUAAAGCCACAGCACUUGAUUUUGCCAGAAGAAAUGCUCGAAUUAUUAUGGCUUGUCGUGAUCUUGCCAAAGCAGAGAAGGCAGUGAUGGACAUCAGAAAAGUCACACAAGAUGGUCAGCUUAUUGUAAAACAUCUUGAUCUGGCAAGUUUACAGUCAGUGAGAACAUUCUGUGAAGAAAUCCACAAGGAAGAAAAACAACUUGAUAUAUUAAUAAAUAAUGCUGGUGUUUUCAAGUGUCCUUUUUCCAAAACAGCAGAUGGUUUUGAAAUGCAAAUGGGAGUUAACCAUUUUGGACAUUUCUUGUUAACUAACCUACUUUUAGAUCUAUUAAAAAAAUCACCCUCAAGUAGGAUAGUGGUAGUGUCAUCUGCUCUCCAUAAACAAGGAAACAUCAAUUUUGAUGACAUAAACUCGGACAAGGAAUACUCACGUUCUAAAGCUUAUGCAGACAGUAAAUUAGCCAAUAUAUUUUUUGCACAAGAGUUGAGUCAGCGUUUAAAAUCAUCCAGUGUAAACAUAUAUUGUGUUCAUCCUGGAAUGGUGUGGACUAAUUUAGGACGCCAUGUUAUUUCUCCAAUUGUUCGAUGGCUGGUGUCACCACUUGCAAGUUUACUGAUAAAAUCAAGUCAUGAAGGAGCUCAGACAGUUAUUUAUUGCAGCAUUGAUCCUGAAUUAAACAAUGAAACUGGUCUUUACUAUGGUAAUUGUAAAGCAGAACCCUGGACACCCGCAGCUCAAAAUGUGGAUGCAGCAAAGAAACUGUGGGAUUUAAGUGAAUCUUUGACUGGGUUAAAUAAAAAGAUCUUGUGAUUUAUUAAUUAUGUCUUUCAACUGCUAUUUCAUAAUGUAUAACACACUGUAUUUGGUAUAUCAAUUGAUCUGAAAUGCUAUGCAAAGUUGAAUUUUAUAAGGUUUUGAUAAUAGACUUAUUAGUAAUAUAUAUAUAUAGUACUUGUUCAUGUACAAAACAAAAACAUAAACAAUGCACUAUAUUGGUACAAUUUGUUUGUUUUAAAAAAAAAUGUAUUUAUUUGUUGAUAAAUUAAUAAGUGAUCA